AAUUAAUGAUGACAUUACAACAAUACGGUCAAAUUUAAAUGAUUUAUCAAGUAUGGCAAAUUGGAUAGAAGAAUUUUCUUUUAAAACUUGUACUAAGUGGAAUGUUAGGACAUCUGUCCCUAACGGUAAAUACAUUCAAUGCAGGUUAGUCUCUUUAUUAACUUUUUAUAUUGAAAUAAAUUAUAAUUGUAAAAAUGAUUUACCAACUGUAUGAUUUAUCUUUUUAUUGUCAUCUUAGAAAACAAUAUGUGUGCCAUCAUAGCUCUUACCACAAGGUUGAUAGAGACAACAAUAAAAGAGGUAGAUCAAAAAAUACAUACUGUAAAGCCACAAUUAAAAUUGUCAUCAAAGUUGAUACUGUUUCUACGAGGAAAACAGAUCCAUUUGUCAAAGAUGGAUUGCUAGCUAUAAUCACUAUUGUAAAUGAUCAUAACCAUAAUUUAAACACUGCUGAAGCACUGAGAUACUUAAGUGCAAACAAGGAUCUUAGAAUGAAGUUUGAAGAAUAUUUCACAGAUGGUAUGACCAUAUCUGAAGCAAUGCGGUAUCAUGAAAGUGUUUUAACUAUAUCUGAUUGUCCUAUUGAAGAUUUUGCAUAUGCAGGAAUUAAUCCAACAUAUAGAACAAUUCAAAAUUGGCAUGACCAAUGGAGAGUGUUAAAUCUGGGACCACGUACUGGACAAGGGGUUAUCAAGGUAACUAUAUAUAUUUUAAUCGAUAAAAUAAAAUAGUUAUCCACCAAGUAUUUAGGCAUAAACAAUACUUUUUCAA